UGGUGUAUUGCUUUCUUCUAAACUACACUCAUCUGCGAUUCUUGUUGGAAUGAGGUGAGCGUUGUGUUUGAGUUAGCUUGACUAUGGAAGCAAAAGAUAAGUGGUGCGUGGUGACCGGAGGUCGCGGCUUCGCUGCUCGGUCUUUGGUGGAAAUGCUAAUUCGUCACAAGGAGUACUGCGUUCGCAUCGCCGAUUUGGAAGUCAGCAUUGUUCUCGAGCCCGCCGAGCAGUUAGGCCUUCUCGGCCAGGCCCUGCACUCUGGCCGAGCCCAAUAUGUCUCCCUCGAUCUUCGCAACAAGGCCCAAGUUCUAAAAGCGUUGGAGGGAGUUGAGGUGGUGUUCCACAUGGCUGCUCCAAACUCUUCCAUUAACAACUACCAGCUUCAUCAUUCCGUCAAUGUGCAAGGGACGAAUAAUGUCAUCGAUGCUUGCGUGGAGCUGAACGUGAAGCGUCUCGUUUACACUAGCUGUCUCGUUUACACCAGCUCUCCCAGCGUCUUCUUCGACGAUGUUCAUGGAAUUCAUAAUGGAAACGAAACAAUGCCUUAUGCGCAUUCGCCUAAUGAUCAUUAUUCAGCAACGAAAGCCGAGGCUGAGGCAUUGGUUAUUAAAGCUAAUGGGACUAAUGGGCUCCUAACGUGCUGCAUACGCCCUAGCAGCAUUUUUGGGCCUGGUGAUAGGCUGUCGGUGCCUUCACUAGUUGAUGCUGCCAGAAAAGGGGAAUCUAAGUUUCUUAUUGGUGAUGGCAAUAACGUUUAUGAUUUCACAUAUGUUGAAAAUGUGGCUCAUGCCCAUAUAUGUGCUGAUCGAGCUCUAGCUUCAGAAGGACCGGUUUCAGAAAAAGCUGCGGGAGAGGCAUAUUUCAUAACAAAUAUGGAGCCUAUGAAAUUCUGGGAGUUCGUGUCAUUGGUAGUGGAAGGUCUUGGAUAUGAAAGGCCAAGGAUAAAGAUCCCCACCUUUGUUAUCAUGCCCAUUGCACAUUUGGUGGAGUGGAUAUAUAAGCUGCUAGGCCCAUAUGGGAUGAAGCUGCCUCAGUUAAUUCCUUCGAGAAUAAGACUCAUAUCUUGCAGCAGAACUUUUGAUUGCUCAAAAGCAAAGGAUCGCCUUGGCUAUGCACCCAUCGUAACACUACAGGAGGGUCUGCGAAGGACAAUUGAAUCAUACACACACUUGAAGGCGGAUAAUGAACCUAAAACUAAAAGAGAAGGUCCCUCAAAAGCUUCCAAAUAUCUUGGAAGUGGAAGAGGUGUGAAUAAUCAACUAUAUCUGUCUAACUUCUUUGCUUGGUGAUGAGGAUCAAACAAGGAAUAAAUAAAUUGAAGAAGACUAAUUUUUUAUUAAAUAAAGUUUGUAAUAUUUAGUGAGACAUAAUAAAAGUGACUGUUGCCUCACUAACUUGAAUAAUUACUGUCAUUCGGAUUUCAUUAUGAUUAGCCUCUUGGUAUGACAUAUGACAAUUAUAUGUAUCUCAGAAAGUUAUGAAUGAAAUCAGAUUUGGAAGAAACCAGAAAAUAACUUUGUUAUGUGAAA